AUGAAGGAUCACUCAGCGUUCUUGGGCGCGCAGUCGAAAGGCCUUCGUCAACUAUCAAAAAUCAGAGAUGCCGUUCUGUACGCUAAACAGCCGAAGGUAAGGUCGGAAGAACACGUAGUGGAUAUGAAUGACAACCGAUGGACAAGAGCUGUUAGUUACUGGAUUUCUCGGGAUGCUAAAUGUGCUGCAGGAAGGCCACCGACCCAAUGGUCAGAGUUCUUCGCGAAGAGUCUAGAAGAAAGUUAUGAUGCUCAACGAGUUCCUAGAGCGAGCAGAGCCCACUGGACUACUCUUGCACGAGACAUGGAAAAAUGGAAGAUUUACUGGCGCCCGCUCAAGUUACUCGACGAUCAACAGGACUACAGUCUUGCUUUUCUUGUCACCUCCAACUGCUUUUAUAUUCUAAUGAGGAAUAUCACUGAAGCCGUUUGUUUAGAAGAGGACCUCAAUACGAAUCCUCGUUUUACACGAGUGAAGCGUUUUUCUGAGAAGGUUAUUCAUUUUUACAUGGGGCUCAUUUGCGACUCUAAGAAUCGUACAAGGGUACAGUUGAAGCUGUCCAAUGCAAUAAGUCAGUUACUUCUUGCUGGCGGAGUCCUAGGCAAUGAAGAAACACCAAAAUUUAUGGGCACAGAAGCAGUGAAUGCAAUAGAAGCUUGCUUUAAGGGUUGA